CCUUUCACCUUACUGUCCAAUCAGCGAUUACGUUGCUUUGUUGUCGUACGUGCGCUGACAGCGGAACUGAACAACGAGAGGGGAGCCUGUCUGCCAUAAACCAACACAAUAAGAUGGAGGUGGAGCAGCUCCUGUCUCUGUCCGGCCCCGCUCUGGCCCAGGCUGUCAGCUCUCUGCUGGAGACCCCCGGCCUCUACGUCUUCUCUGACAUCCUGGAGCUGCCUAAUGUCAGAGAGAUGGAGAAUGGCCCUCAUGCACCGAUGUACCAGCUCCUCAACCUGUUCGCUUAUGGAACCUACUGCGACUACAAAG